CUCACUCUCAUUCUCUACGAUAAAACCUCCUUUUUAAGAUCAACUUCAUCCCUAGGUAUAGUGUCGCUUGCACUUUCAAGAAACAAAGGAACAAGAAAAGGUUAAGCAACAAAAAGAUAAACAUGGAGGACAAAAGGACCGCAAUCACAAAUAACCAAGCAAGGAAGAAAAUCCACCCAUUAAUUAGAAGCUUAAGCAUUGGCGGCGAAGGUGGGAUUGCGGGGCUUGUUGUGUUCGGUGGAGCCUUGGCCAUUGCGGGUUUCAUGGCAGUUGCUUCUUUUGCGAGCAACAAAAAUAAGGCAAAGGACACUCAUGAUGAUCACCAACCACCUAAGCCUAAACCUAAACCCCAACAAUUGUUAUUGGAGGAACACAUUUGUAAGAGUGAAGAAGAUCAUGACACAACCCAAAGUCUCACCUCUCUUAUUCAACACGGGGAUUCCACAUGCUGUUGGGCAUCCAAUAUGAGCAAAACCCAAGUUAGUGAUUCUUCCGAGUCGUUAUCCGUUCAAUCCUUGAUUUUGGAGGAGAAAAAUGAGCUUAAAGCAAGAAGUGUAGAGGAGAGCCCAACCGACUUUCACCAUCAGGAAAUUGUGUUUUCUGACUCUUCGCACCCAGAAAGCGCGGCAUCGUCGAACGAAGGUGGGGUUGCGGAAGAAUGCAUGAUGUCAUUGCUUAACAGCCCCAGUGGCCAGGAUGAAGAACCUCAAGAUGACUCAACAUCCUCGGAAACAGAAACAGUAACCGAGGACGAUGACAUUAAGGAUGAUGACGACGACGAUGAUGAGAUGCUGUCCGAUGAUGUUUCAGAGAUUGGCGAACAAGAUGGCUCAAAAGUGGCAACAGGGACUACCUCCAUGGAGCCAGUUUGGCCUGAGGAGCUGAUACAGCAUGCAAAGCAAAAAUUCAAAGGAGACAGCCAUGUUUGCUCCGAUUCUGAAGUGGAUGGCUCCGAUGACUUGGACGAGGCUAUGAUGACUGUGGCAAACCAAGCAACUAUGAACCAAAAUCUAAACUUCUUUAUGGUGCCCAAUAAUCAACCAUUAACCACCUGGGUUUUUCCCUUCCUGUUGCUAGCGCUGCUGUUGAUCUUAGUUCUACUCACUCGUCGCCCACAAGAAUCAUUUUAUGUCCUAGACGAGGGUACUACAGUAGUGAAGCGAAUUUAGAGGAUCAAAUGUUCAAUUUUUUUUUUCUUCUUUCCUAUGAGUUUGGAAAU